AUGGCUAAACGCAGUUGUGCCCAGAACGAUUUUUAUGACGGGCUUUUGGAGAAGUGUAAGCCCUGCUACCUGCGCUGCUCCAAGUCACCCCCUGACAGCUGCACUGCAUAUUGUACUUCAGACAAGACUGUCAGUCCCGUGCCUGAGAACCACAAUGUGUGGCUGAUCCUGGUUUUCUUGUUACUGAGUGCGGUUACUGCUGUGGUACUGCUCCUUCAGGUACUUCGCAAAAAGCGACGCAGGCAUUUCCUCAAGAACAAAGGGACCAGCCAAGAGCACAUAGAAGAUUCUGGAAAUCAGAGAGACUCACGUGCUUUGAGGCAGACUGAUGUUGCACAUGAUGGGCCUGUGACAAGUGAGAAAUUUGAGCACAAUUACGAGAACAGCAGUACUCACUGUAAUUCCAGCCUCCCUCUUCCAUCCACCGAAGAGGGUACCACUAUCCUGGUCACCACAAAAACAGCACAGACCUACAAUUACGCAACAUACUGCACACAGGACAAGACUCUGGAUUUGUGGAGAUCUGUAUCUGUAGUCUGA